UUUGCGCUGAAAAGGGUUCUUUUUCCUUACUGGGAGACGUUGACGUAAGCCCAUCCCUGCCGGCGGGAUGACGUCAGCGGGCGUGUCCAAAAACAGAGGGCACAGGGGACUCUGCAAUGGGAGACAGUUUUUGUGAGCAGCUCACAGAGGACAGCACCUUCCUCAAACAUGACCCGAAACUGGACACAGAAGUCGUGGAUAAACUCAUCCUGCAGCUCAACAGAAUCUACCCGCAGAUUCUCACUGACAAGGAGGCAACCAAAUUCCGAAACUUGGAUGUACCUACAAGUGUUCGACUGGGUGAGCUCUUGACACACCUACAAGGGAAAGGAGAGGAAGCAUGCAGGGAAUUUUACAGGGCUCUUCACUUGCAUGUCGAGGAGGUCUACUACAGUUUGCCUACAAGGCUUCACCUCAGAGAUUCCUUGGAUCCGCUCAAACUUCCACAGGUCAUCAAACAGAGACAUGCUUUGAAUGACAGAGGUCCCCUCUUCUUUAUGGGCUGUUUCACUUUUGUAGUGGGAAUGGCUUUCUUCUAUUACUACAGUGAAGCUAAAGUGACAGGAGGAAGCCGGGCACUCGGGAUGGCUGCUCUGGGACUGAAAAGAAAAGCUCAAGAAGUUCUUAUAUGGUACACUGAGGAAAGCCUCACAAAGUAAUGUGAAUCUUCUUCAGUGGUUCUCCUGCUGCUUAUACCAAAUCACAACACACUAUAUAUUUUCAAGGGUUUAAAGGUAAUUUUGUACACAGUGUAAUUUAUAUAUACUUUUAUUUUGCUUGUUUGCAUUUGGUACUUUGCAAUUGAAAGUAUCCAAUUUAAAUGGUUUUGAGGGAGUAAUGCAGUUGAGGUUAAAACUAGUUUAGGAAAAUGAAAUGGAGGAUUUGUGCUGCUGAAUUCUUCCACAAAACCAGUUUGAAACAAUUUUUUCCCUAACAACCCAACUUACUUUGAUUAUUACUUUUAUCAAACGGAGAAAUUUAAAAACUAAAUAAUGGGGUGGUUCUUGACUUUAAUCUAUGAUUUGUUAAGAACAUUUUGGUGAUGAGACCUUUUUAAGUUAAUGGUUUGAGUUAUUUUUUUUGAAGAACUAGUUUUAAGCCCUGCAGUUAAGUCAAGAACAGCCCCUGGUUGCCAUCUUGUGGUUAAAAGAAGAGCUACAUCAGUAAACUUACGUCUGUUUCAUAAGAACUUCCCCAAAUUCCGCUGCUCACAAUACAAAUAAAAGAUAUUAAGUGUGUGAACAACCCAAUACCACAUGGGACAAGUCACAUCCAUAAAAGUAAUGUUUUCAAUGAGUUUAUAGCGAAUGUUACAAUCACGUGACCACAUCUACCAAUGCGAGGACGGCCUCCUGCCGCAGUGUACUAUGGGUAGAGUUGCAAUCUAUUCAAAACACAUACAUAUCGAAUGAAACUGAAAACAGAGAAAACAUAAAUGGUGAACCACUGGUUUGAAGGAUACCAGGGAAAUUCGAAGUUUAUGAUUACAAGAAAAUCCGGACUUGACACCGUGAGUGAAACCAAGCUGUGUCCUCGCGGGUAUAUAUGACGACGACCUGCCUAUCAGAGGGCGUGUUGUAUGAAAGGAGAGAAGGUUAGCACUCCCCUUGACAAGGAUGGAAUUGGCCCUAGUGGCCUGCAACACACAUACGGUUAAGGCAUUGCCACCUACUUCGUGGCAUCUCUAACCAUAUUUUUUUCUUAUUUUUAACUGCUGUCAUUAAACUUCCCGUUACUAUUUAGCUGACUCUGUGUCACUUACCACGCCCUCUUUUUCACCGUGCAGCCGAAGAACGGAAAUCUGGCAUACUCUUUGCUUCCGCUGUUUCAUUGUCCUCUUUUGGCUUAUCACUGAAUGCACUGAAAACCUGGCGUCAAGCUUCUCACUGAAGUAGUUACAUUUAGUUUACUACAGUCAUAAAUAAAUAUUGUAUCAAUAUUGUAUGGAUAUUUUUGUCUUGUUGUCCAUACUGUGCGUCUCCUGCCUAUUUUAAAUACAGUCUAGCAAUAAAUUAACUUGCACCAAAUGUUGAAACAAAUACAACUUCAUAGUAUUUUUUGUAAAAACGCACACAAGAUAUACUGGUAAUGGUGCUUAAACCUUCUUCAUGGUUUGAAGGUCAAUUCUCAGGAUGUCAGAUGCUAAUAUUAUGGCAAAUUGUAGUUUAAAUGAUUUUUGUGUUUGUGCCUUGUAAUCAACCUCUAAACAUAAACAUUUGACUUGUGGUGAAGAUUAAUUAACAUAAAGCCAGAAAGUUUGACAUGAUUUGUGUGUACGGUGCCUUACACGUGGGAAUGCCAUCAUUUUGUAAAACUGACUUUUGUCUUCGCACAAUAAACCAGUAACAAAAAAAAAAACACUCAACUUCAUGGUUUUGUAAUUUUAUUUUGUAUAACAAAUUGUUUUAAAAUAGGCAGUGUAUAAUACGAGAUUAUUAAAAGAUAAGAAAAAUGAUCCUUAAAAAAUGAAUUUAAAAAAGUCUUAAAGUAACCAUAUAAUUCAUAAGUAACAAACAGAGAAACAAACAUAGGCAAGGAACUAAGUUUAACCUGUUAAUAUCCACCAGGUCACCGGUAACCCAUCAUGAGUUAGGGUUUGGUUUUAUUUUAACCACUGAUGAUGAAGUGUAAUACAUCUUUUCUUUUUGGUUAAUUUGGGUUCUGUCAUUCAGGUGAAAGUUCUAUAAGAAAUGUGGUGGACACAACCAAACCAAAAA